UUGAGUCUCUUUCACUUUCGUUACUCCAAAGGUUCGCGGCUGGUCCGUCGCUUUUCUUUACCGAAGAACUUAUUGGUGAUUUAAAUUUAUCUCUCUCGAAGCGGUCGCUGUCUGUGGCUGCCCAACAGUCAGUGUGUGUUUUGGAGACAGAGUUGGAUGACGACAGGACGAGCUGUGAAGGCUGUCAGUGAACGAACUGCUGAGAGCUGUUACCUGUCCGCUCUCAGGUGUCUCCAUGGCUUCGAUGGCUAAAAGCAAAGAAACUAUAAAGGAGGGGGAGCAGCUUGCCUCCUCUCUGAGUGAGGCCCUCAGUAGUGGCAACAGUGAAGAAGCAUUGAAGCUGUGCCAGAAGCUGUCACAGCUGUGUUUGCCAGUCUGUGUCACAAUCAACAGUCAGGUUUACCCUCAGGAAAACAUAAGAUUAAAGGUUGGAGUCGAAGAUGCUCAGUCCGAAAAUUACAUUCCAGUGACUCUAGACGUUACCCCCAGUAUGACAAUUGCACAACUGAAGGAGAAGGUUAGCCAAGACUACGGGUUCUCCUCUCUGCUGCAGCGCUGGGUGAUCGGCAAACGACUAGCUAAGGACAAAGACACGCUGUUUAACCACGGUAUUUGUCAGAAUGGAGACCAGGCGUUCUUGUUCAUCCUUUCGGCCCAGGCCACUAGGCUCACGCGGCAUCAGCACAAGCUGGAGCAGGAACAACAUAGGCUUGAAGGCAUUAUGGAGUCCAUGGAGUCGAUUCACCUUUUACCCAGAGGGUUGGGUGCAGGGACGGUGGAGAAGACUCAACCUGAUCCUGCUCUAUCUUCUCCAAAACCUCGAGUUAACCCUAAACCUCCUGUGAUUCCAAACCCCAAGCUGGGCUGGACCUGCACUCGAUGCACCUUCUUGAACAAACCAACACGUCCUGGCUGUGAGAUAUGUGGCGGGGACAGGCCCGAAGGUUACAAGGUGCCUGAGAUCUACAAACCGGACCAGGGCGAGGGUCAACGAAAGGAGCUGGCAAUGAUGCUGUAUGAAGAGGCUCAGAGGGAAGAGCGAGAGCUGAACUACUUGCACUUAUUGGCAACAGAAGACCAGAACCUCAUCCUCAGCACCACACAAACCGAUUGUCCGGUCUGCUUUUCUACCUUGGAACCAGGAGAGGGCAUUGUCCUCCGAGAGUGUCUUCAUACCUUCUGCAGAGAGUGCUUACAUGACACAAUAGUCAACAGUCAAGAUGCUGAGGUUUCCUGCCCUGACGCGUGUGACAGCAAGCUGCUUGACCGAGAAAUCAAAGAGCUGCUCACGCCAGAGGAGCUACAGCGGUUUCUGGAUUUGCGUUUGGGUAUUGCCGAAAGCCGCGCUGAGCACAGCUUCCACUGUCAGACUCCCAACUGUCGAGGAUGGUGCGUCUACGAGGACGAAGUCAACGAAUUCCUGUGUCAAAUCUGCAAUGAAACCAAUUGCAUCCUCUGCAGGGCCAUCCAUAAUGGUAUGAACUGUAAGGACUACCAAGAUGACCUGCGUAUAAGAGCCCAGAACGACCAGGCGGCACAGCAGACCAAGCAGAUGUUGGAGGCCCUACUGCAGAACGGAGAAGCCAUGAAAUGUCCACGCUGUGACAUCAUUGUCCAGAAGAAAGACGGCUGUGACUGGAUUUGCUGCUUGAUGUGCAAGACGGAAAUCUGCUGGGUCACAAAACAAGCUCGCUGGGGCCCCAAUGGUACUGGUGACACUUCAGGCGGUUGUCGAUGCCGAGUGGACAAUCAACGCUGUCACCCGAACUGUCAGAACUGCCACUGAGACAAACACUAAGGAACAAGUUCAACAACCCGCCCAGACAAAUCUGGACAUAAGCUGCUUUCUGACCUGCUUUCACGUCUUCUGCAGAGGCUUGUCUUACAAACAGGAGCCGUCCUGAAGCUCUUCCACUGACUUACCAAAGCUAUGUAACCUGCCAGCUUUAAUCAUUACUGUAAGUAAUACGCUUCGGCUUUCAUACCCAAAAAUCAACAUUCACUAAGUCUGACAGACUUUUUGGAGCGUUAACUUUGAGUACAUUCAGGGAGUCAAUUACAAAAUGCACAUUCUCAUGUUAAGUGUUCUCUAGGUCGGAUUUAGCACCAUCUGGUGGUGAAGAAAGUUUAUACCGUUAUACCCUUAUAUCUUGGAAGUACAGUUGACCCUUUUUUUCCAAUAUUUUUGAUGUGAUUACAAUUUGGUUUACAGUUUAAAGUAAUCAUCAUUUAUAUUUCAUGGUGUUUUUAUUUGUUUACUCUAUAAAAAAUGAAGUUUUUUGUUAAUAAUUUUAGGAAUCUUUUUACUCAUUUUACCUUUAUGAAUUUUGACACAUGGUCUGAAAUUUUACUGCACAGUAUUUACUUUAUAAUGAAGGAAUCAACUCAUGUCCUGAAUAGUAUUUUUCAGAAAGAAAAGGAAUGUUUUUUCCCCUCUUUGGGUGUAAAAGCAUAUUAGCAGAUUAUUUUACAUACGGGGAGGGUUUUGAUUUUAUUUGUUCAAAUAAAUGGAUUCAAAUAAACCUGUUAAUAAAUGGA